AUGGCUCUUCUACAAACUUCACUGAUCUGGAUCGUAUAUGCGGUAGUAGUAGCCAUCCUACUAGCCGUCGCAUCCGUGUUUAUCUAUGUCUAUCAAACCCCUCGUGACCGCUCGCCUUCGGUUACCUUGACUUGCAUCAUUUCAAUCACUUCUCUUCUGGCAACAGUGCUUUUGCUGCCAGUGGAUGUUGCCCUGGUGUCAUCGACCACCUCGUCCAAGCUGGGACAGCGGAAGGACUGGGCAACGCAAGAUGUUGUCGACAGAAUCACCUAUUCCUUGACCGUCAUCUACUAUCUCCUCUACUCUCUGGAUGCUCUUCUUUGUCUUCUUGUCAUUCCAUUUACGUACUUCUGGUAUGAAGAAUACGACGAGGUCGCAGCGGAAGCGGGAGAGCAAACAGUGGGCCAGCGGGUUUGGGGUGCCCUGAAAUACACCCUAUCCUUCGUCGUUAUCAUUGUGAUUCUAUUCCUGGUAGGAUUCUUCGUUCCAGUAUCACGGGGAAAGAGUGAUAUGGACCUGGAUUACUUCAGGCGCCUUCUGACCGAGAACCAUGGAGAGCGUGCUCUGACCUUUGCUCUGGGAUUGUUGAUGACUAUUGGGCUAUUCCUCUAUGUCCUAUACACCUCAGCGGGAUUGGCUCUUCUUCCAAUCAGCUUGAUCAAGACCGCGCCAUCGAUCUCCAGUGCUACCCUGCGAGCGAGUACUGAACAACAACUUGAGUCAAACCGAGAGCGGCAACGACAGCUCGAAGGGCGAUGUGCCGGGGACCCUGAGCUUCUGUCGUCGAAAGACCGUCGAGAACUAGAUACCUUAACGCGAGAAGAGAGAACUCUCAGUCGACGCCAACGUCUAGCUGAAGAAUCCCAAGGCGAGGGGCGGAGUUGGUUGAUGAAGGUAUGGUACAAAAUUGGUGCAAUCCUCCGCCCAUUCAAGCUCUUGGGAGGCAUCCUGCUGCUUUUCGUUGCAUUCAUAACCUGGAUAUCAAUGCUCUUGACAUCAAUUGACAAGGCAAAGAACUCUAUCUGCAAGCAUCGCUGUGGAUAUAUCCUUGCACACGUCAAUAUUUUUAACCCUGUCAACUGGGCGCUUGUUCAGUCCGCCAAGGUCUUCCCCAUUGACUAUGCCAUAUUUACUGUGCUGGUAUUGUUAUUCUUCUGCAGUUCCGUUGUAGGCAUUGCCGUGGUAGGAAUCCGCUUCCUCUGGAUCAGGAUCUUCCAAAUUCGAAAUGGUCACACAUCUCCCCAAGCACUGCUUCUAGCAACUGCCAUGUUGAUGUUGAUCAUCCUGGCGCUCAACUAUUCCAUUUCUAUGGUAGUUGCGCCUCAGUAUGCCACGUUCGGCCCGCAGACAUUCUGCGAUCGUGCCCCUGGUUUGUUCCAGGGGCAGCCGGAUUGCUCCGAUAACAAAGAACUCAUUAAGCCAUGCUCCGAGUUAGCGAAGAACCCAGCCGCACAGCAGAUCUGUACUCCCAGCGUCGUGAGCACUUUUCUUAAUCGAGUCACUUUGAAUUAUCCUUUCUUCGGAGUCGUGUUCUUCUGGGCUCAAUUUGUUUUCCUAGGCUUGUAUCUGAUUGUUUUCGUUACCUCUUUGCUCCGCUCUCCGAAACUGGAUGAGAGGCAGCUCGACGAAGACGCCGAGGAGGCUGAAGAGGAAGGUCUACUGGCCAAUACUGGCAGACGCUUCAAUGCCAGUUGGCAAGACAUUACAGGCAGAGCUGCUAGGACCGAACGCUCACACGACUAA